GUGGCUCGCUGAACGGAGUGGAUCACAGAUCACACACAAAUCAGAGCCAUGGAGCAACAGCAGCAGCAGAUGCACCACCAGCACCAGCAACAUCAGGAUGCGGACAACCCCGUGUAUGCCAACUACGAGGAUAUGCGCAACUCGGGACCGAGCAGCUCCACCGCCUACAUGAUCAACAUGGGUCCUGGCGCCCCACCACAAGGUGUAGUUAUCUCUGAUCAUUCGCCACCGCGCAAGCGUUCCGGUGUGACGCAACAGUAUCGGGGAUUUAAGACAUCUGAGAACGAGCCGAAGGGCUGCAUGGAGUGGAUAGUGACGAUUCUCUCGGUGAUUGUCUUUAUUAUUACGUCGCCCAUUUCGAUAUUCAUCUGCUUCAAGGUUGUGGCGGAGUAUCAGCGUGCGAUUAUCUUUCGUCUGGGUCGCCUCAGUGGCGGUGCCCGUGGACCGGGCAUGUUCUUCAUUCUGCCCUGCAUCGAUGAGUACCGCAGGGUGGAUCUGCGCACCGUCACCUUCAAUGUGCCCCAGCAGGAGAUGCUGACAAAGGACUCGGUGACGGUCACGGUGGAUGCCGUGGUCUACUAUCGCAUCAGCGAUCCCCUCUAUGCGGUUAUCCAGGUGGAGGAUUACAGCACCUCCACUCGCCUGCUGGCCGCCACCACGCUGCGCAACAUCGUCGGCACCCGCAAUCUCUCUGAGCUGCUCACCGAGCGCGAGAUCCUCGCCCACACCAUGCAGUCCACUCUGGACGAGGCCACCGAGCCCUGGGGCGUGAUGGUGGAGCGUGUCGAGAUCAAGGAUGUCUCUCUGCCCGUGCCCAUGCAGCGUGCCAUGGCCGCCGAGGCGGAGGCGGCUCGUGAUGCCCGCGCCAAGGUGAUUGCCGCCGAAGGUGAGAAGAAGUCUGCCCAGGCCCUCAAGGAGGCCUCCGAUGUCAUCUCCUCCAGUCCCUCAGCCCUACAGCUGCGCUAUCUGCAAACAUUGAGCAGCAUUUCGGCCGAGAAGAACUCUACGAUUGUGUUCCCCUUGCCCAUGGAACUGCUGACGCCAUAUCUGGCCAAGUAUGCGCACAUGAUGCCACAGGUGCCACAGGUUCCACAGAUGCCCCCACAGCAGUCAAAGGAGAAGGCCGCUGAUGGCACGGUGAUUGAUGCGCUGGCCGCUUGGCCAAAGACUCAAUUGUAAAUCCGUGUAAUCCUGUCAUAACAUGCAUUUCCUAAUCCUUAUUCGCUGGUCUUUACAACAAAUAAACAUUCUCCUGUGCCACACCAAGGGCCUUAGCUGCCGCUUCGCCCAUGGCUCGCUGAAAGCCUGAA